AUGUUGCUCAAGCAGAAGAAGAAUCAGCCCUUGAAGGGAAACAGGUUUUUGAUUAGCGUUACUGUUCUGGGGAGUGCUGGGCCGAUUAGGUUCGUGGUUAACGAGGGCGAGCUUGUGGCUUCUGUGAUCGAUACUGCUUUGAAAUCGUAUGCCCGCGAAGGCAGGCUCCCGAUUCUUGGAUCUGAUCUCGAUAAUUUCAUUCUAUAUUGCCCUAUUGCUGGAACUGAAGCUCUUAGUCCAUGGGAGAUGAUUGGGUCGACUGGUGUCCGCAAUUUCGUGCUGUGCAAGAAGCCCCAAACUGGGAAUUCCAUCGACAGUGGCAAAUCAUCUGCUCCCAUUACAGCAAUGUCUCGAAAGGGGUCUGGAAGUUGGAAGGCUUGGUUUCAUAAAUCUCUCAAUCUGAAGAUAUCUUCUCAUUGA